GGCAUCAGCUAAAGACGAAUUCAGCAGAUCAGUGGUAAAAAUGCUUUUAUCUUCAAAUUAUACAUAGUUUUAUGAUAUAUUUAUGGGUACUUUUGUAAAACACCAAGUAAUCUUGCUCAGCAGAGGGGAGCCACAGGUCCCAUCCUGGUCAACAGCAGUGAGCUGUAGGUUAUACCUCUACCGGGAGCGCAGUUGUGAAUCCGUGCAGCCUGCUGACAAAUCGGCGUGCAAAAGUGUUGCAUUAGGAGGCGCUGUGUCUACUUGAAAGUGUGAAGUCAGUCAUCGCUCUCCAGCCUGCUGCAGCUUGCCCAAGCCUGCCUGCAUAAGCGCUCCGCUCUGCAAGCUUUACCAAAACAAUAAACUGACCUGUUUAGUGACGCUUCGGUGAGAUUUGGUUUUUUGUAAUAGACCCUAAAAAGAGUUAGAGCAUCAUGGUAAAGAAUGGUAAUGAAGACGGAGUUUGCAGGGAUUUCCUGCGCAAUGUUUGCAAACGUGGCAAUAGGUGCAAAUUUAGGCACCCCGAGCAGGGGGAAGUGAAGAAAGAGCUGCAGUUUUGCCAUGAUUAUCAGAACAAAAUGUGCAUGCGAAGCAAUUGCAAGUUCAUCCAUUGCAGCAAAGAGGAUGAGGAGUAUUACCACCAGACGGGAGACCUGCCCCCUGGCACCGAGGAGUCUGCUGCUAAGAGUUCCUCCUUCACCGAGGGAUCUGAUGGUGAGAUCCCAGUUUGUCGUGAUUACCUGAAAGGAGAAUGCUCCAGGGGUAGCUCUUGCAAAUACCGGCACAUGAGUCGUGGGGAUGUGGAGUAUGAGCAACGGUCGCGCAGCACCAGCAGGAGACCACGCCCUUCAGGUCCACCACCACCACCUGAUCGUUACGCUGAUGAAUACGAACACGAGCGCUACAGGCGAUGGCUUGAGCACUCCAGAUACGAGGACUUUGAUCGUAUGGAUAGAGAUAGGUUCUUCCGUGAUAGGGAGCCCAGAGAGCCAAGGGAGGCGCCCAGGGAUUCCAUGGGCUAUAGGUCCAGCCGUGAUGCAAGAGAUUUUGAGGAGGAGAAUGUUAUGCUGCGCCGCAAAAACGAGGAGCUGCGCAAAACAGUUGCAGACCUGACCUCCACCAAUGACGUCCUCCUUGAGCAGAAUGCCCGCUUGCGUGCUCUGCGUGCAGAAGCCACCUCGGCUGUCUUGCAGGCUGAGACCCAUCUGGUUAACUCCACCGCCGCUGGUCCCCAGCUCUCCCAAGGUAGGUCCCUUGGUUCCUCAACUCACCAUACUGUGGCUGCAACAGGCCCCCUUAUGUACCCUGCGCGGGUAUCCCAAGUCCCUUUAGUUGGAGAUAACUCCCUUCCUGCCCCGGGUACAGCUCAAGGCACACAGUUGCUUGCCGCUCCCAUGCAGCCGGCUGUCUUAGGGGUAUCAAUGGCCCAAGCCCAAGGUCAUCAGAUCCCUAUGGCUGUAGGCGUUACUGCCUCUAUGGUUACCUAUCCUAUGGUGUCCCAGACAUUGCGAAAUGCAGCAAUGUCUUAAAAUUAUCAUUUUCAUUGUUUAAACAAAAAAAUUAAAGCUAGAAUAACAGUGCAGGAUGCAAUAUUCUGUUGUAAAUGCUGUCAAUAUAUUAAUUCCCUUGGUGUAUUAAUCCUCUAUGUAACACUUACCACUUACGCAUCAGUAAAUAGUUCUUUUAUUUUAAUAAGUAAAAAAAAAGUUAGAUUUUGACUUUUUCAUUCCACCAUAACUCCGGACACAAAAGUGCGUCCAUGGUGUUAAACCUUUACAUUGUCAUGUUCCUAUUUUGUGUUUCAGGAAGCGAAACAGAUUACCUUGCCCGGCGGAGCAGUGCAAUUACAGAUCGAACAACCAUUGGAGAGUACACUUCGUUUUAAAUAGGAUAUGCAUUAGUUUUCUUAUUGAAGUAAAAAGGAAAGAAAAAAUAACUAAACUUCUGUUGAGAAGCCUUCUCCAAAAUCACACACAUAUAGGUGAACAGCAGCAAUAGAAAAUUACAGAAAUAAACACUUUUGGAUUUGAUAGUUGAAAGAAACGUCACUGUAGGGAAAAUUUCUUGAAUACAAAAUAGAGAAAAAAUGAGACAAGAAACUACCCUAAAUCCUUUUUCUUUCACUCACUGUUCAAAAUAAUCAUUUUCAUACAAAUGUUCUAAAGAAUUUCCACAACUUGCAAUUUGCAGUGUUUUUCUCGCUACUUAUUUUAACCCUGGUUCAAAAGAGCUUUUAAAAAUAAUUGAUAAAAUGACAUGAAAAGCCUCAAAGCUGUUUGCAGCGCUGUUGAAAACAUGCAAACUAUUCAAGCCUACACUCCUGUAACAAUAACAUGAAAGUAUGACUGUUGAUAUUGUAAGUUCAUGGGUUUUAGUUGCAUGCGCAAGAAAAUGAAUAAGCUGCCCGAGCAUAUGUUCCGUAGCACGUAGCGCAUGUGCAUUAAAUGGAAACAUGCAUUUUGAAAUUAAGCCAAAUGGACGAAAUUAACUUGUCUCUGACACUAAAAAAAGAAAAUAGUGGUAUGGAAUUCUACCACUGGAGAAGCGUUCCAUAUUUCCUUCGCAAAUUAUAAUUUUACCUUGUAAAUAUUUUAUCUCACAUAUAUUGAGCCAUCAAAUACAACUUUGUGCACUUUUCUUACAUGACUGUUGAAAACAUUGGAUCUGGAUAUCAAAAAGGUUUGAAUAACCUCAAUGCCAAUUGCACUGCUCCGUCGCGUCGUGCUGCGCUAGUGUUGCAUGUAAACUCCACUAGGAUUGUACGCUCGCCGCGCCAAUAGCGUUUGGGGAAGAUUGUGUAUUGCUUGCAACAUGCCAAUCAGCUAAGAUUAUAUGUCUGCCUUGAUCAGGUCGUAUUGAUCAGCAAUACUAUUCGAUUGUAUGUUCACUUGAGAAUUCUGCUUGCAACUGACAAUUUCCCCUUCCAAACAUUCAACAUACCGGUACUGUAAUCGCUGUUAUUUUCGCAUUGAGCGACCCCAAAAUAUAUACGCGGGUUCUUAAAUUCGCGUUGCACGCAAAUCAGCGUGUUCAAAACAUGCAUAAGAAGCCAUGCUUAUAUCUUUGUGACUGCUAAAAUUUGCGCUUGCCGAUCUCAGCGCAAAAUCUGCGAAAAAUUACGGUACCGCAAAUAUUUCUGCGUAAACUGGAACAUACAAAGAGCGUUUGCAUGGGGGGAGCCACAAGCAACACGCACACACUGCGACUGCACAUUCCGCGUGCUCUGAUGUCUGCCAUUGCAUACACUAACAGAUGUUUAUGAAGGUUUAUCCUUUCUUGUUGUUUUGUGCAGGAAUGAACUUGGCAAUGUAAUAGUGGGGCCGCGUGUUAUACUUCAGAUCAAGCCACAAGCAAUCUUGGCAGAUAUUUAAAAAAAUUGAUCAGUAAGUAAAUGCAAAAAAACAAACAAAAAACAACUGCUGAACAGGUAUUGUACGAGUGAUUUUUUUCUUCUUUUUUCUCUUGCAGUUUCUCUCCUUUUGUAGAUUGAGAAAUUUUACACCUACACCCUGUAUAUAAGAAAAAACUUUUUGUAAUGUUAAGGACACCAUAGUCAGAAGCCUCGCAUUAAUGUUCAAACCAGUCCAACGAUAAGAUCGACAAGAAAAUGGUAUUAUAUAGAUAUUUUUUAGGGUUGACCGAUAUGUGUGUAUAUUAGCCUUUUUUUAAAUAAAUGCUUUUGGCCAAAAUGUUGUUACAGUAUUUCGCUAGUUAACCUGUAUCAGGUUCAUUAGUCAGUCUAUGUUCAGUUUAAAAUCUUAAUUGCUCGGACUAAUCCAUGUAGCUUUCUUUUUGUGUAUCAGCCUUGUUGAAAAUCUUUUAAUCAAAUUCAUGAUUGUAGCUCUAAAAUCUCUUGUACAUGAGAAAUAAACCAAGUUGUCAGGUCAAACGCUGGCACAUAGUACAUGUAUAUUUUUGUUAUAUAUAUUCAGAUUUAACAUUUAAAAGCUUUGUAUGUUAUGAAAGAAGUGAUUGAACUUAACUUUGAUUGUUUUUCCUCUAAUGGCCGAGAAAUUAGGAUUGCUUUAAGCAGAAAUAUGGUAUUGCACUCAUAACCGACUGUCAUUUCUGUGAAAAGAACCAUAAUAAUCUUUCUGUUUGUUCAUAAAUGCAGACUAAAAAUGAUGGCCAUAUGUUGUUUACCAUUACCAAACAGUUACUUAUAAUAUGUUACUGUAGACAGACAAUCAGUCAUAUUCCCAAGUUUUUCUUUUGGUUUCAAAACUGUUGUAUGCUCAGACGAUUUGACAAGAUAGAGUAUAUAUUGCUUUUCAACAAAAAUAGGAAAUAGAUAUCCAUUGCGCACAAAAUUGUAAUUUACACCUAUCGGCUUGUAUAACAUGGAGCCUGAAAUGUACAUAUGCACAGGGAUAAUUGCUUUAGUGCUCUGUAAUGUCCACGAUACUGUUUUUUAGCUGGAUAUUGAGCAAUUAAAAAUGUUCUAGCUAUGUGAUUGAUGAGUUUAUAUUUUGUGUACAUGUAUCACAACUUUCAUGUUUUAAUUUUUGUUACUUUCUUAAAAUAUUAACAAAGCCCAGUUCAUUUACUACUUGUAAAAUACUUGGUGAAAAUAGGUUUGGAAAUCAUCUCUGGGAGAAAAAAAUAACUAUUUCAAAUCCAGUCAUCACUGUUGAUAUUUGUACAUUAUUGUUAGGUAAAAUGCGGUGCAUACACUACUUUCAUUUAUUUGCUCGAUAGUGAUGUUCGUUUUGGGGAAUUAUGAACUGUUUGUCAAUUUUACAAUUGCAAUCAUGAUGUAUCUACUGUAUACGGAUAAGUUGUUUUCUGUUUUGUACACUUAAACAUGUAAGGUUAUAAAUGUUGAAUCACCAAGCUAGUGCUCUUUGUAUUAUGGUUACUCAGUUAAAGAUAAAUUUUGAAUUGUGCCAAUGUGAUUAAAUGUUGCUUUUGAUUCUGAACCUGA